GCCGCAAAUAUGAAGAGAGCCAUGCUGGACAUGGGAGUACAGAGUCUGGGCUGUGUGGCGCACACAUUACAACUUGUCGUGCACGAGGGACUGCUAUCCCAGCGCAGCGUCACAGACACACUGGCAAACGCAAGAAAGAUAGUCGGCCAUUUCAAGCACUCCCCUCUGGCCUACUCCCGUCUGGAAGAUAUCCAGGUGGACUUGAACAUGGGUGUCAAGCGUCUGCAGCAAGAUGUGCAGACAAGAUGGAAUAGCAGCCUCUACAUGCUGCAGAGUCUGUUAGAACAAAAACGGGCUCUCAGUGUGUAUGCUGCUGAACGCACUCUACCAGCGACACUGACUGCUCACCAGUGGGAGCUGAUGGCGAAGACAGCAGAGGUGCUUGUUCCCUUUGAAGAGCUGACCAGGGAUGUGAGCAGAGAGACUGCAUCUGCAGCUGACGUGUUGCCUGCCAUUACAGACGUGUUCUCUCGAGAGAGGAAGAGCAAGACCAGGGAAUCAGGACAAUGAAGAGGGCUCUCCUUGAGGCAGUGGAGAAACGCUUUGCAAAUGUGGAAACAGAGCCACUCUUCUACAUGGCAACUCUACUCGACCCCAGAUACAAAGAUGGUUUCUUCACCAAGUCAGCCCACCUGGCGCAUGCCAAAGACCACCUCAUCGAGGAGGUAGCAAAGAAGAUGGAGGAGAGGAGGGCCACCACCAGCAAAGAGCCAGAGGCAGCAGAGCCAGUGAGCAAGUCCCCACGUCGUGAAGGAAGCAGCAGCCUGGCAAGCACCUUUGAUGAGUUGCACUAUGUUCUAAUGUGAAGAGUAUUUUUUCUGUUUUGACCGGAGAAUGUUCAAGCACUGCUUGCAUGCAAAAUUGUGUGUGAUGUGUUGUGUAUGUUACUUAUUAAAAUAUAAUAAUAAAUAAGGGACACCUUG